UCAACCCGUACCCUUAGUUUUUAGCUUACUCCUAAAUCCAUUCUUUCUUUAGUGGCAAAAAAAUGGCUCACGAAAACCCUUUUGGUUUCGACGAUUAUUUUCCCUCGAUGAUGCAGAGAUUAGGCGCCGAAGGGUUCAUGAGGGAACUUUGUAAUGGAUUCUGCUUGCUUAUGGAUGUGAGUAUAGGGCUAAUUACUUAUGAGAGUUUGAAGAGGAACACUAUGAAUCUUGGUUUAAACGAUUUAAGAGAUGAUGAGUUAAUUUGCAUGUUGGCUGAAGGAGAUUUGGAUGGUGAUGGAGCACUUAAUCAGAUGGAAUUUUGUAUUCUCAUGUUUAGAUUGAGUCCUGGUUUAAUGGAUGGAUCUAAGCAGUACAUGGACGAUUUGGGGCUCAUUGAUUUCCAACCCUAGUUUCUAAUUUUCUAUGUUUCUCUGUGUGUCUGAUUGGUAUAUCUUGUACUAAUAUCAUGAGAGAUAUCUUAUGCCAAAUAAAUAAUUCUCCAUGUAUAUCUAUCUACGUACGUAUUUGGAAGGAGUGAUAAUUUAGUUAUCAUAUUACAUCAGGUACUUCUAUUUCAUUAUGUUAAUGUUCUCUUAUGCUAUUGUGUUUUUCAGUAAAAUAAUGUUUGAAAUUUGUGACCA